GGUUUACAUUUGCUCGCGGGUAAAUUCCAUUCAAAUGUGAUACCAAUUUUUAUAAGCAUUGUGUGGAGAGUUUUCUCCUUUGGCCCGAGAGGACAAUGGCCUCUGCUAUAGCUUCUUCCCAAUUCCUUGCUGCUGGGAAGAUGGAGCUGGCAGAGUUUUCUGGACUUAAGGCCUCGUCCUCAAUGCCAUUUGCGGCUCGGAAUGACGCGACGCUCUUCGACACCGUGAGGCAACAAGUUUCCAUUGUCAAGUCUGGUGGAGCAAUCAAAGGUGAAACCACCGCAAAGCUCAAAGUUGCCAUCAAUGGUUUUGGGCGGAUUGGUCGCAACUUUCUCCGUUGCUGGCACGGCCGAAAGGAUUCCCCCUUGGAUGUGAUCGCCGUCAACGACAGUGGAGGUGUCAAAAACGCUUCACACCUUCUCAAGUACGAUUCCAUGCUUGGAACUUUCAAGGCCAACGUCAAAGUUGUGGACGACAAGACCAUCAGCGUGGAUGGCAAGAACAUCACAGUUGUCUCCAGCCGAGAUCCUUUGAAACUUCCUUGGGCUGACAUGGGAAUCGACAUUGUUAUUGAGGGAACUGGAGUUUUUGUCGAUGGACCCGGUGCUGGAAAGCACAUCCAGGCCGGAGCAAAGAAAGUGAUUAUAACUGCUCCGGCAAAAGGAACCGACAUUCCAACUUACGUCGUGGGCGUUAACGAGGCUGACUACGAUCACGAGGUGGCGAACAUCGUAAGUAACGCUUCGUGCACGACGAAUUGCCUGGCUCCAUUCGUUAAAGUCAUGGACGAGGAAUUCGGAAUUGUUAAGGGGACCAUGACAACAACACAUUCUUACACAGGAGAUCAGAGGCUGCUGGAUGCCUCCCACAGGGAUUUGCGGCGAGCCCGCGCGGCAGCGCUAAACAUCGUCCCGACGAGCACAGGCGCCGCCAAGGCGGUGUCACUGGUUCUUCCGCAGCUCAAGGGCAAGCUCAAUGGCAUUGCCCUGCGAGUGCCCACUCCAAACGUCUCGGUUGUUGACCUGGUGGUCAACGUUGACAAGAAGGGCAUGACGGCCGAGGACGUCAACGCUGCCUUCCGGAAGGCCGCCGACGGCCCCCUCAAGGGCAUCCUGGCCGUCUGUGACAUCCCGCUGGUCUCCGUUGACUUCCGCUGCUCCGAUGUGUCAUCGACCGUUGACGCGUCGCUGACCAUGGUCAUGGGCGACGACAUGGUCAAGGUGGUCGCUUGGUAUGACAACGAGUGGGGAUACAGUCAACGGGUGGUUGACUUGGCGCACCUUGUAGCUGACAAGUGGCCCGGUGGAGCUGCGGCUCCUUCCGGUGAUCCUUUGGACGAGUUUUGCAAGACAAACCCGGACACCGAUGAAUGCAGAGUCUACGAUGCAUGAGAGGAAAUCUCGGAAUGAAUUCAAUUGAAAGUCUCUACUCUUGUAAGCCUGAAAGAGUUUGGAGCGAGCUGGAGGAGCUUAGAGAGUAUGAAUGGAGCUCGGAGAGUAUGAAGCGUGGAGCUUGGAGUGUGGAGGCGUAGAGCUUAAAGAUUGCUGCUUUACGAAGAGAUCUACGAAUAUUCGCAUUU